AUAGUAUUAGUUUCAGUAGCAAUCUUUGCGGAUAUACACAUCAAGUUUGAUGUGGCAGGGUUAUUUUUUAUACGGACGAAUAUUACCGAGGAACGGGCGCCGUGUGAAUGCGAAAGAAUCCCCACAUAUACGACAGCCGUACGCCAUCUUACGAGGAAAGAAGAUCCGGAAGCAGAGUUAAGCUGACGAACAAGGACGAACGAGAUCGCAGUUGUCUUGAAGAUUUCUUAGCGGUCUGUUUUCUAUUCUAGAUCCGAGGAGUUAGUGGAAAACAUGGCAGAUGAUUUUGAUGUGGAAGCUAUGCUGGAAGCCCCUUACAAGAAGGAGGAUGAAGGCAAAGCUGUUGGAUCCUCCGACAAACACAAAAAGAAGAAGCGAAGCCGCAGCAAAGACAGGGAUCGUAAGAGGAGCAGGAGUAGGAGCCGAGAACGGAGCCGUCGGGAAAAAUCACGUCGAAGUCGAAGCCGUGAUCGCCGAGACAAAAAACGCAGUCCUCCACGGAGGCGCAGCCGUAGUCGAGACCGUGAUUCUCACAAACGCAAAAGCCGGAGCAAGUCGCCAAUCUACCGAUUUGGUAGGCCUCCACGGGACAGGAGGGGUAACAGGAGUAGGAGCAGAAGUCCUUUGAGAAAGGAGCCAUUACCUGAGCUUACACCAGAAGAGAGAGAUGCCAGAACAGUAUUUUGUAUGCAGUUGUCAAACAGAAUUCGCCCAAGGGAUUUGGAGGAAUUUUUUUCUUCAGUUGGAAAGGUGCGAGAUGUUCGGCUUAUCACAGACAAUAAGACCAGGCGCUCGAAGGGCAUUUCCUAUGUGGAAUUUGAGGAUACAGAGUCCGUUCCUUUGGCUCUGGGGCUGGCUGGACAAAAACUACUUGGAGUCCCCAUCAUUGUCCAGCCAUCACAAGCAGAGAAGAAUCGAUUGGCUAAUGCUGCCAACAACCUCCAAAAGGGCAACUCAGGCCCCAUGAGGCUGUAUGUGGGCUCUCUACAUUUUAACAUCACAGAGGAAAUGUUGAGAGCAAUUUUUGAGCCGUUUGGAAAGGUGGAUGAUAUCAAGCUUAUCAGAGAUCAUGAAACAUCACGCUCCCAGGGUUACGGUUUUAUUACAUUUGGUGAUGCUGAAGAGGCAAAGAAAGCUUUGGAGCAGUUGAAUGGGUUUGAAGUGGCUGGACGUCCAAUGAAGGUGAACCAUGUGACAGAGAGGACAGCAGAGAGCCAGGGGAACUCACUGCUGGACAGUGAUGAAAUGGACAGAGCUGGCAUUGACCUAGGGGCUACUGGCAGGCUCCAGCUAAUGGCCAAACUGGCAGAAGGUACAGGCUUCCAGAUUCCACAGUAUGCAGCCAGUGCUUUAAGUAUGAACUCUAGUGGGACAGACUCUGACCUUGGAGCCCCAGCCCCUGUGGCUCCCCCUGUCACACAAACACCAGCUCCAGCCCAGGCCCAGAAUGCUACAGCUCCACCCAUUGCCACUCAGUGUUUUAUGUUUUCCAACAUGUUUGACCCUACCUCUGAAACCAACCCGAAUUGGGAUCAAGAAAUACGCGAUGAUGUGAUAGAAGAGUGCAACAAACACGGAGGGGUUCUUCACAUCUACGUAGACAAGGCUUCACCGCAGGGAAAUGUUUAUGUCAAAUGUCCAAGUAUUGCUGCAGCUGUUGCUUCUGUCAAUGCUCUCCAUGGCAGGUAUUUUGCAGGUAAAGUGAUAACAGCUGCUUACGUUCCACUUCCGAACUACCAUGGUUUAUUCCAGACGCAUUCGAGCAACCAGCUUCUGGUCCCAUCAACACAACUACUUCAAUGUAGGGUUGCCUGGCGGAGUUGUUGCCCCUGGGAUGGUGCGGUAGUCCAGGCCAGCUACACCCUGACAGGGUGUACACAAACAUUCACAAUACAAACACUGAUCAUAAUCACUGUGCUGUCAGUGUGUUCUCCUUCAGGUGAUCGAAAACACCGGAAGUUGUCAUCUUCUGAAGUGCUUCACAACUGAUAAGUGAUGGGAGAAAGACAUCUCCAGAAAUGUUGUCAAAAGUCACAACCCUCAGAACUUUUUAAGUUGUCCUACGAUUUGAACUAACAGAGUGUAUCACUGUGAAAGAAAUGCCACGAAGCGCUGUUUUACGUCUAGAGGCCAUAAGGUUGCCUCGUGAAGAUCUUAUUUCAUCAACUGCAGAUGUCAUGUUAUCUUUAAGUGGUUUUUGCAACUUACACUGUCAAGUCAAGACAAGUUUUAGCAGAGUAAAUGAUAAAGACCUAUGGUAUUUUCAUUUGUCCAGCAAUGAGGUAGAUGAGGUACUGUUUUGGAUGUGCAGUUUCUUAUAUCGAUAGUUUUCUUAAGCAGUGAGCAUUACAACUGUUCAAGUAGAAACACAGUUGAUCAUGCCCUGGUCUCGUACUUCAGACUGGAGCCAGACAAAACCAGUGUACAUUGCCUGGAUUUUUAGGUUUUUUAUCUCCUAGGUUUAUCUGUUAUCCCUUGUCAGCAUCAAGUUUAUUGUUGUAACUUACACAACUGUGUGUCAUUUGUCUCUCAGCAUGGUUGAAUACAAGUACAUGUACAUUUUAACUUGCAAAUCAUUGUCACACUAAGUGUCUGUCCUAUCAGAAAUAGGUUCUUAAUAAAAAAAAUGUUUGAAUGUGAAAGAGAGGCAAGAUAUUUCAACGGGAAAUGUUGAUAUUUUAGUUUUUGCAUCAUACUCACCAGAAAUGUUUCAACAUUGAAGGUGGGGUUAUACCGUUAAAAUUGAUAAUAAAUUCCAUUGGCUUAA